AGUUUUGGCCAGUUAUGGCUUUCUUCAGAGAACGAAUAUGAGCCCAAGGAGUUCUGGACAAGACGGGAGGAGGAUAUAGGUGGCAUUUACACCGUGCUGAGGAGUAAAGCUCAAAUCAGUUGCGAGGAAUUAGGAGAUCAAUAUUGUAUGUUUGGCCCUAUGAAAAAUGAUAAGUGGCGAUUGGAAGUAGAGAAAAUUGAACCAGAAAAUAGAACCAUCAGAGCUGCCAUCAAAAAGCUGCACGAAUCCGGGUUCAAGUGCAUGUAUGGUCGUUGGCUGAUUGAUGGCUACCCAAAGGUGAUCCUGUUUGAUCUGGGAUCGGGUGCCUUGAAGAUGAAUGAGUGGAAGCAGGAGUUGUUCGAUAGAUCUACCAUCAGUACUGCCUUGAACGAGCUGCAUGUCAUUCUGCUCACAUCUUCACAACCGUGUCAGGAAAUCACUGGACUAGAAGCCGAAUAUCUAUUGGAUAGAAAGCCUGAUAUUUUAACUCCUAACGGCCUUAAUGUCGUCAAGUUUUCCGCUUUACAUGAGUUCCAGAAUUUGCACUCAAUGGCCAAAGAGAAAAUUCACAAUUUCAUUCGUGGACAUUUUCAUGGUCAUUUGGAUUUCGAUUUGGAUAAAACGCUUUAUUUGUUUACUGCCGGC